AUGAUGACAUUACUACAAGCGCUUGUGGCAUCUUCAACCUUCGCGGGGGUCGCCGGCCGCUCACUGUGGUCCACCAAGCCGGCGACUCAUGCCUGGAGAAAGAGUGAUGACUAUCUCUUAAAAAAUGCCUAUCCCGUGGGCAAUGGCAAGCUGGGAGGAGUAGAGAAAGCUGUGCUCAAUAUCGACUCAUUGUGGUCUGGGGGCCCUUUCCAGAGCGAAGAUUACAAUGGCGGCAACCCCGAUGAACCCAAAUACUGGGCUUUGCCUGAUAUCCGCGCUGAAAUAUUCUCCAAUGGCACAGGGAGCGUCGCUCCCCUCCUCGGCUCUGGAGACGCGUAUGGAGCCUAUCAGACGCUGGGAAACCUGACCGUCUCUAUCGAGGGCGUUCAGGACUACAAGAACUACAAGCGAGUUCUUGAUCUAGAAACUGGGGUCCACACAAGCACAUAUGAAGUGGACGGGGCUGAGCUGUCGACGGUCGUCUUCUGCACAUACCCUGACGAGGUCUGCGUGUACCACAUCUCCUCCUCCGAGACGCUCCCGGAAAUUACCGUCUCCUACGAGAAUGUACUGGUGGACGAGGAUCUAUACGACAAGUCGUGCGAGGAAGGACUCGUCCGCGUCAAAGGAAAGACGCAGGCUGGACCGCCAGAAGGCCUCAAAUACGACGCAAUCGCCCGUGUCACCAAGUGCUCCGGAGCCAAGACGGAAUGCGACGGGUCCUCGUUGAGAGUCCAAGCGCCUCAAGGCCAGCGAUCCAUCACGAUUGUACAUGGUGCCGACACAAACUUUGACCAGACCAAGGGAAACGCGGAGAAUGACUACUCGUUCAAGGGGCAAGACCCUGCCGAGUACGUUGAGCGCGUGACCAAGAACGCGGCGGCCAAGUCCUACAAGAGGCUCCUCCAGAGUCACACUGACGACUACGGAUGUCUCGAGUCUGCGUUCACUCUGGAUCUUCCUGACCCCAAUGGCUCGGCGAAUGUCGAGACGGCAGAGUUGAUCGCGGGGUAUACAGCAGAGAGCGCCGGCGACCCCUUUCUGGAGGCACUCCUCUUUGACUACUCUCGCCACCUGUUGAUCACUUCCUCUCGACCUGGCUCUCUCCCUGCCAAUCUACAAGGUCGCUGGACAGAAGAGCUCUGGCCUGCCUGGAGCGCCGACUACCACGCCAACAUCAACUUGCAAAUGAACUACUGGGCGGCGGACCAGACCGGCCUCAGCGAGACGCAGGAUGGUCUCUGGGACUACAUGGAGCUGAACUGGGCCCCUCGAGGAUCCGAGACAGCCGAGCUCCUGUACGGCGGCGAAGGCUGGGUUGUCCACAAUGAGAUGAACAUCUGGGGCUUCACAGCCAUGAAGGAAGGCGAGAGCUGGGCACACUACCCUGCCUCGGCAGCCUGGAUGAUGCAGCAUGUCUGGGACAACUUUGACUACACCCGAGACGUCGCCUGGUUCAAGCGUCAAGGGUACCCUCUGAUCAAGGGCGUCGGCAGGUUCUGGCUGUCGCAGCUGCAGGAGGACGGCUUCUUCGAGGACGGCACAUUGGUCGUCAACCCAUGCAGCAGCCCCGAGCACGGCCCUACCACCUUUGGCUGCGCGCACUACCAACAAGAGAUCCACCGCACCUUUGACACGGUGCUCUCGGGUGCGUCCUUUGCAGAGGAGGACGACGAGGACUUCCUCGAGCAAGUUCGCGACGCGCUCGGGAAGCUGGACAAGGGCUUCCACGUCACAGAAUGGGGCGGCGUCAAGGAGUGGAAGCUGCCAGACUCGUACGGGUACGACGAGAAGAGCGACCAUCGUCACCUGUCCCACCUCACGGGCUGGCAUCCAGGCUACUCCCUGUCCUCCUACCACUCCGGGUACGGCACCAACGAAACGAUACAGGACGCUGUGCGCGAGACGCUCAUUGCUCGUGGCGACGGAAACGCGGGGGACGCCAACGCUGGCUGGGCCAAGGUCUGGCGCGCUGCGUGUUGGGCACGGCUGAACGACACGGAGCAGGCCCACUUCCACCUGCGCUACGCCAUCCAGGAGAACUUUGUCGGCAACGGGUUCAGCAUGUACAGUGGCCAGUAUGAGCCGUUCCAGAUCGACGCCAACUUUGGGCUGGGCGGCGCCGUGCUCAGCAUGCUGGUCGUUGACCUGCCCCUGGCGCACGAUGCGCCCGUGGAUGCUGUCAGGACCGUGGUGCUGGGACCGGCGAUCCCCGCGGCGUGGAGGGAUGGCAGUGUCAAGGGAUUGAGGGUUAGGGGCGGCGGUACUGUGGAUUUUAGCUGGGAUGACGAGGGUGUCGUGGACAAGGCGAGUGUCGAGGGACUGAAGAGCAAGGUGCGGUUUGUCAAUGUAAAGGGGGAAGUGGUCGUGAAGGGUUGA